AGAUAGUCGUUACCUCUACCUGGUUGCAUUGAACGUUCGCGUAGCCACGCAGGCAUCACCACAACAAAACUAUCUUUUCGUUCUUUUGCUAAAUCUCUGCAGGCAACAACAGUUUUACUGCCGGUAUACACAAGUGCAGUGCGUGUUCAGUUAACGUAAUCAGUCUUGUCUGUGAUAAUCAACCGAUUGUUGUGUACUAUAACAUCCUGAACAUAACCUCUAACUUCUGUCUCCCUUCAGCGAUAGGUUAGUUUCUUUUCACUGCCCUGACAAGCCCGCGCGUUUCCUACGUUCUCGUCACAGUUCGUUUUGUGUUGUGCAUGUGUUGUGUUUAUUGGAUUGUAUUUUACACUAGGGACGAUAUAAAUAUAGUUUUACACUAGCUUGACGGCUGAAGACGAUUCGAGACGUUGGAUUAUCUCGUUGUUUUCCUAAAGAAAUGUUGGGCGGCAGAGAGUGCUAGAGGGUAGACUCAAAAUGAUGGGCACCACACAUCUGUGUGUGUUCUACGUGGCCACGGCAGGCCUCCAGGGCAAUGCCCUCGGAUCUGACGAGGAGGAGAUCGUCCUUCUCAUCUAUGUCAUCAUCGACAUGUCUGUUAAUAAGGUUGUGGGAGUUCAACAGUACCUGGUCAAGCCCACCGUGGCUGACGUGAACGAGAACGUGCUCUCGGAGCAGCUGGUGGAGGAGAGUGCGCUCACGGAAGAACUGGUCAAGAAUGCUGGCCAACCCCUUCAGUCUGCUAUUAGACAGUUCGACUCCUACGUGAGGUCGCUGCAGAUUGAUCCCCAGUCCCCGCUGUUCCGGCUGGUCACGGACGGCCAGUUGCCCCUGAGGCAGUGUCUCCAUCCCGAGGCGUGCUCCAAGAACAUCGAACUGCCCUCCUACUACCACGUCUUUCACGACCUCAGGAAAGACUUCCGCGCCUUCUACAGCGCUCCCGACGAUGCGGAGCUCAACUCGGUCACGGAUCUCGUCGAUUACUUAAGAAUGCCUCAUGAUCUCGAUAGCCAAUUUUACGUGAAACAAACCAAAGACAUGGUCAACAUAGUUCAAAGACUAGUGGCAGAUGGCCACACUUUCAAUAAUCCGGAAACAAUCGACGACAAGCUUGAACCUGGCAUUUGUUCCAAGAAUGAGGAAGUAGACAACAACUGUGUUGUGAGAGCGAGAGGGUUGCCUUGGCAAGCUUCUGAUCAGGAUAUUGCCAAAUUCUUUCGGGGGUUGAAUGUGGCCAAGGGAGGUGUAGCGCUGUGUCUGAGUCUACAAGGGAGGCGGAACGGAGAGGCAUUGAUACGGUUUGUAAACCAGGAGCACCGGGACCUCGCACUCAAGCGACACAAACACCACAUCAACAACCGGUAUAUCGAGGUCUACAAAGCAACGGGUGAAGACUUCAUCAACGUGGCGGGUGGAAGGAACAUGGACGCCCAGGCUUUCCUGACGAGGGGGGCCCAGGUAAUCAUCAGGAUGCGAGGACUACCUUAUGACUGCACGGCUAAGCAAGUGAUUGAGUUCUUUGAGGUGGGGGAAAACCCCUGCAGUGUGAUGGACGGUGAGGAGGGGGUGCUGUUUGUCAAGAAACCAGACGGCCGAGCGACCGGCGAUGCAUUCGUGCUGUUUGCCGUAGAGGAGGACGCACCCAAGGCCCUGAGCAAACACAGAGAACUGAUUGGAACUAGGUAUAUUGAGCUGUUCCGCAGUACCACAGCCGAAGUUCAGCAGGUGUUGAACCGCUCGAUGGACCCUAAGACAUUUGAGACACCGCUGCCCCUGCCACUGACUCAGUUGUCUCAGGUGCCACUCGUGCCUCAGCACUUCAUCACCUCUGGCACACGCAAAGACUGUAUCAGGCUACGUGGGCUGCCAUACGAAGCCCAGGUGGAACAUAUACUCGAGUUUCUCGGAGAUCAUGCAAAGAGCAUUGUCUUCCAAGGCGUCCAUAUGGUGUACAAUGCUCAGGGACAACCCAGUGGUGAGGCGUUUAUCCAGAUGACGUCAGAGAAUAGUGCAUUCCAGGCGGCCCAGCAGAGGCACCACCGCUACAUGGUGUUUGGCAAGAAGCAGCGGUACAUAGAAGUGUUCCAGUGUUCUGGUGAAGACAUGAACUUGGUGUUGACCGGUGGCGCUGUUUCGCCGGUAGCCAAGGCUCUGCUGUCUCCCGGAGGUACUGCCACUCUUGCACCACCGCCUCCAUUCGCCCCGCAGUACACGUUCCUGCCCAGUCCCCUGCUGGGCCGGCCUCCACCACCUCCGCCCUUCUACCCUCAGAUACUGUACUGGCCUUACCCCUCGCCGCCAGUCAGCCCGCCACAGCCACCCAGUACUGUCAUCCUCAUGCAUGAUCCAGCAAACCUGCUACACUCUGUGCCUGACUGGGGUGUAGAUUACCUGGCUCCUGGACAUCAGCUGACCACUCAGAACAUCGGUACAAUGGGGAUGCAUUCUGCAGCAGCAUGACUCCGCCUCCCACACAAGCCUUGAUCUUGACAGACAUUCUUAUCUGAGCCAAAGCUGAUAUAAUAAUAUAUAUUAUUGCGUGUGUGAACAAGUGUUAGAUUUUGCGACUUUUUCUUUUAUCAACUGAUGAUUGCAACAAGUGUGUUUUGUGCAAUAUUUUGCACCGCAAAGUGUGUGUGUGUACGCUUUUCAUAGAGAGUUUAAACAUAGUCAACAAUACCUUUACUGUAACUGGUUCCGAAUAUUGUUGGCACCCAGUACUUAAUAUAAAAUAUAUAAAGUAGUAUUUUUCCAAAAAAAUCUUGUAUUAAAAAUACAUAGUUAACUUGAAAUUAUAGUUUAUUUAGAUAAUUUAUUUAAACGUUAAGUUUAUAUUUCAUAGUUUAUUGUGAAGAAUGCAACAGAGAUCACAAUGUCUUCCCAUUUGUCAAUUAUUCUAAUGUGAAUUCAAUUUUUGAUAGAAGCACAAUAUAAAUUAAUUGACAUUUCCUUCAACUAAUAAAUAUAUAUUAAUUAAAGAGCAGGUUUCUAUUGUUCUUCUAUCAAAAUUUGAUGUCUUGAAUAGGUUGUGUUAAAAAAUAAUUCUAUUGUACAUAAAAUUAGUAUAUAAUUGCAUACAUGACAUAAUAAAGUCGUUAUAUCUCGUAUUGAGUCUGUUGUUAUAUUUUCUGUUGAACUAUAAAUUAUUUAAUAGAUAAUAUAAAUCGUCUAUCAAGAGUGUGCUUAUAGAUUUAUUUAAUAUUGUUAAGAGAGGUAAAUAUAUUAUAUAUAUUUAGAUAUAGUUUGUAAUUUUAAGAUAUCAAUUUGAGCACAACGAAUUGUACUAUUUUAGUGCAAUACAUUAAUGUAGAUUAGAUUGUUUCGUUGUAGUAUUGACUUAUUGAUCCAAUUAUUAUAAUAUGACGUGUUUGUUUGUGUUUAGAUUUGUGUGCGUGCACUAGAUUUCAUUGUAUUAGGCUGUGUUUCAAUUCAAAACAGAUAACAAUUAAUUGAUUAAGUCGAGUGCACAUGACUUUUUGAGUGGUAAUUCUUCAAUGGCAAUGUAACUGAAACUAAACUCUGUUCCUAGUAGAGUAGUGGCGACUGUCGUCGCAGUAUUAUGCAAACACUUCAUGUGCAAGAAUCUCAAUUAGAGGACAAAUUUGAAAUAUAUCAGAGUGUUUAUAAAUCUUUUGUCUAACAAUUUCAUUCCUCCCAUAAAUUCUUCAGGUUGUGAAUUAAUAAAGUUUAUUUUUUUACUAGUACAAAAAUUUUAUAAAUACAUGUUUAGCAAUUAAUUGUAUGCAAAAUAUACAUUUUAAGACAGCAGAAGUUUUGUGAUAUUUUGCUAUAAUCAAUUAAAUCAAUUUUAAUUUAAGUUUUUUGUUAGUGUUAAGUUUGUUAUUAGAUGCAUAAUGAUUCUGAAUGAAAAGUGUUUGAAAACCAAAAGUAAAUUAUCUUUUUGAAAGUUAUAACAAGUGUAAGACGCUCACCUCUGUUGUGUCCGAGGUGAUUUGUUUCGUGUCAAGUGUGCUGGACAUGUAACCACUAAAGCUAAAGGUAUCAGCUUUAAACGAUAAGUACCACAGGCAGAAGAGUACUUGCGUAGAUACAAUUAGUUAAGACUAUGUGCAAUAAGCUAAGAAAGAGAUAUUAAUAUAUAUUGUCAUUGAAUAGUGUUAUUCAAUCUUAUGUAGUCAGAUUUAUUAUUUAGUUUUUAUUGACACUGCUGUUUCUGUUACAGAAAACAUCAUUGAUAAGAAAUAAAGAGAUACAUAUUUUAAAACUGA